AUGUCAGCAGCAUUCAAAACGUUGUCAGCAAAGACUGCAGCUCAACUCGAUAAGGAGUUGAUGUCAACGGGAGCAUUUUCUAUUGAUCAAUUGAUGGAACUUGCGGGAUUGGCGGUUGCAAAAGCAAUUUACAAACAAUAUCCUCCACAGAAAACAACGCCACCAUUGCAAAAGGUUUUGGUGUUGGUUGGUCCUGGUAACAAUGGAGGAGAUGGAUUAGUAGCUGCUCGCCAUUUGAAAACAUGGGGUGCUUAUGAACCAAUCAUUUAUUACCCCAAGAAAUCAACAAAGAGUGAUUUAAUCAGCCGCUUGGUUGAACAAUUGCAAAAUCUAGAAAUAAAGGAAAUAUCUACUUUGGAGGAGAUAAAACUGCUACUUACUAACAAAGGUGAAGUUGCUGUGAUAUUAGAUGCUAUUUUUGGAUUUUCUUUCAAACCACCCAUUAGAGAACCAUUCAAGGAUGUUAUUGGCUUUAUUUCCCAACAUCAUGAUUCAUUACCACCAGUAUUCUCCGUGGAUAUCCCUUCUGGCUGGGAUGUUGAUGAAGGUCCUACUGAUAUUGACAUACAUGCAGCUGGAUUGAUUAGUUUGACGGCACCAAAGCCCUGUGCUGAAAGAUUUGUUAAAAGUGGCCCCAAUAAAGUUCACUAUUUAGGUGGGCGGUUUAUCAGUCCUGCGGUUGCAAAGAAAUACGGUAUUGAGGAUGUUUUGAAUAAAUAUAAAGGAGAUGAAUUGAUUACGAAGCUAUGA